CCUGCUGACGAAGACUGUGCUGGAGGGUCAGUGUUGCUCCUGCCGUCAUACUGACAGUAUCCUCCUCUUCUACCCAGCUCUGCUGCCCCAACUACUAUAUCCUGCCCUAACUACGAUAUCCUGAACCGUUUAUCAGAAGCGUCGUCCCCCCCCCUUAUACACUCCGAUAACAGACUCUUGGAUAACAUCGACCAAUGAUGAAGGUGGUGUUGUUGGUGGUGUUGGCGUUGUUGGGGGUGGUGGUGCAGGAGGGUGCAAGUAUGACGGUUUCGCAGCAGGAGGCCAGCGACCUACCUCGGGAACUACAACCCAUCGUACGAGGAGGGUCCUUUUUCGAUGACAUGGCCGUUGAACGCCUCCGCUCAAUACACAAGGAGCUGAGAGAUCUUGGUCAACUGGAGACACAUGAUCACGAUGACCACCCGGAAGAAGUGUUCAUCAUGGCCAAGCUGAGGGACCCAGACUCAUCCAUGGUCGACCUGGAUGUUAAAAGGCAACAGGAGGAGGAGGAAGAGGAGAAAGAAGCAGCUACUGCCCAAGCCGGGGUACAGAGCACACGGGAGGCCAUGAGGAGCUUCCUUCGUCAGCAGACACUGCAGCGUCAGCGUCAGGUGUUGGAGGGUGAGGAGCUGGAGGAGGGUCAGCCCAGGGGCACCGUCAACACCUCCAAGGAGUUCAUGGAUAUAUACGAGAAGGAGCUGGAAAGUUUCUUCAAGAACUUCAUGAGUGCCAUGCUACAAGCGGAGAUUGGCGGAGUGAGCAUUGAGAACCGCAGCGAGGAGGACAGAAAGUACCCAGAGACCUUCCCCAGCAACCCGGCUGGGGAUCGAACCAACACUGUUGUGUCUCCAUAGACUGGCUUGAGUAUUCCUUCCCUGGACGCUGUCCUGGGAAGUACCACCUACCACCGUAGAUUAGCUCACCUAGAUGUUAUAUUUAGUCAUGUCACCAUAUAUCACACUAUUCUAGAUUGAUUUCAUUAUAUUUUAGUCAUUAUACAGUAAUCCUGUUAGCGUCUUCUUUCUGUACCAUGUUAUUACCAUCGUCCAAACUGUUGCAGUAUCCAUUAGCCUUUUUAAAGUAAGUUUUUGAGCGUUUUAUGUAUAUAUAUAUAUA